AUGCCGCCAGGCCCAUUCCCACUCCCUCUAAUUGGAAACACACACUUGCUUCCUCCUCAUAAGCCCUGGAUAUACUUUGAGAAGUUGGCAAAAGAAUACGAAUCUCCCAUGAUAACAUUCUGGACCGGUCGACGACCCACAAUCUGGAUCUGUGACGCAUGGGCAGCGAGUGAGCUUUUGGACAAACGAGCCGCGAUAUACGCCUCAAGGCCACGCAUGGUCGUUUUCAGCGAACUUGGAGCCGGCCAGUCUAACAUGGUAAACAUGUACUAUGGGGAUCGAUGGCGCUUGCACAGAAAGCUGACUCACAUGGGAGUCGGCUUGCAACAAGUUCGGAAUUAUCGAGGCUUCCAGAAUGACGAGAGCAAGGUGGUUGCACUUGAUCUACUCCACGAGCCAGAGGAAUACGUGAAGCAUUUCGAACGCUAUGCAACGAGCGUAGUUUCUAUCAUUGGCUUUGGCAGACGUGUAGCUGCAUCUACAGAUCCAAUUAUCACAGAGGUGAUUGCGGUUAUGCAACGUGCGGCUGAGUUGAAUGUGCCUGGCAAGACGUUUCCCAUGCUGAUGGAAUCGUUCCCAUUCCUUGCCAAAUUUCCGAAUUGGAUGGCACCCUGGAAGCAUGGCCUAGGACAAGGCCAGGGGCGGGGUAGACCCUUUUUCUACGCUUUGGCUGAAGAGGCUGCGACAAAUAAAGAUUCAGGGCAAUGCUAUGCGAAGAAAGUAUUUGACGAGGCACCGAAACAUAGUCUUUCAAAAAUGGAAAUUUCUUCGCUGGCAGGGAAUCUUUUCGGGGCAGGUAGCGACACUUCCAGCUCAACGCUCGUGACCUUUGUUCUAGCGUGCUGUGCAUUCCCAAAUGCAUUGACAAAGGCAAGGGAGGAGCUUGAUCGCAUAGUGGGACCACACCGGAGCCCGACAUUCCAGGACGAGGCCGACUUGCCGCACGUAAAGGCGCUCAUGAAAGAAGUUUUGCGGUGGAGAUCGGUGGCCAUUAUCGGAGGGCAGCCGCACGCGCCGAUCAAGGAUGAUCAUUAUAAGGUACUGAAACAAGCUACAAUCGCGGCGCUUGAAGCGGGUUGGUUGAUCCCGCGAAAUACUUGGGUCCAGGGAAAUGUUUGGGCCAUCCAUCACCAUGAGCGAGAAUUUCCGGACCCGGAUCGUUUCAACCCCGAUCGCUGGAUUAAGGGGAGUCCUGACUCGCGCCCCUUUCCCAGUGAGAAGGGGUACAUGACGUUUGGCUGGGGACGGCGGGUCUGUAGUGGACAGGGAUUGGCGGAGCAGGGGACCUUCAUCACGGUCGCACGCCUGCUCUGGGGCUUUGACAUCGAAAAGGCUCUCGAUGAGCAGGGAAAUGAGGUGGAUGUAGACAUCUUUGAUUUCACGUAA